AUGGAGCUGAAAGGAAGCUCGAGAGAUGGAGCUGAAAGGAAGCUCAAGAGACAGAGCUCAAAGGAAGCUCGGGAGACGGAGCUGAAAGGAAGCUCGAGGUGCACCAUAAUUGCCAUUCUGCAGGACAGAACGUACAGGCCAGCGCUGCCGCUGAUGCCGUCACGUCUAAGGAAGCUACUGAUGGUCUCCUCACCGCUGACCACGACGAUCCUCAUGGUGCAAGCGCCUCUAUUGGAAACGGCUGAGUUGGGUGAUGACCCUGAUAACCCUGAUGAUCCUGACGACCCUACGGACCCCUUGGGUCCGAAGGAGCCGUAUCCUGUCUUUGUCGAUCUCCUUCAAAAUGUUUUACAACGACAGGUUGAGCAUGAGGAGGCUCGAGAGUUAUUACUAAAGCAAUUAGCAUAUGAUAAUGCCAACGACGACUGCAAGCGAGCGUUACAGCCUCUUCGCAGUAUAACCCUGCCUUGGCAGAUAUGGUUCGAGCGUGUCAGAAUACAGGAACCACAGGACAGGGAAGGGGGGAACAUCGGGAAGGGGGGAACACCGGGAAGGGGGGAACACCGGGAAGGGGGGAACACCGCCGCCUCUUUCCCUUUCGCUUUCGCUUUCCCGACCUCGGCAAAUGGGAUCUGCCCGGCAACCGGUGACGUCAGGACCCGUCCGGGCUUCCCAUUGGUGGGCGGUCGGGGGCAGAGCCAAUGGAGCAGGAGGAAACCGGGGCUGGUGGCGGGGAUCGAGGGUCAGUGUUCAGCGGAGCAGCGCGAUGGGGCCGUGGGGCUCCUGCUCCUGCUGCACCUCGGUGGGGCGGCGAGAGUGCUCCAUUCCCUGCGGUACUUCGAUGUCGCUGUGUCAGAGCCCAGCCCGGGGGUUCCCCAGUACCAGGAGGUGGGAUAUGUGGACGGGAACCCCUUUGUGCGCUACGACAGCGAGAGUCAGCGGGUGGAGCCCCAGACCCACUGGAUUGAGGCCAACGUGGAUCAGGAAUACUGGGAUAGAGAAACCCAGAUCGCACGGAGCAAUCAGCAGAUCAACUCCAGGAACCUGGACACGCUGCGGGAUCGCUACAACCAGAGCAGGGGGGGUCACACUCUGCAGUGGAUGUGCGGCUGUGACCUCCUGGAUGACGGGAGCACCAGGGGGUACGAUCAGGAUGCCUACGACGGGAAGGACUUCAUCGCCUUCGACAUGGCCACCAUGACGUUCAUCGCGGCGGACGCGGCGGCGCAGAUCACCAAGAGGAAGUGGGAACACGACGGGGCUGAAGCUGAGCACAGGAAGAACUACCUGCAGAACAUCUGCGUGGAGUGGCUGAAGAAAUACGUGCGCUACGGGCAGGCCGUGCUGGAGAGGAGAGAGCCCCCCAUGGUCCGAGUGUCAGGAAAGGAGGAGGAGGACGGGAUCCUGACCUUGACCUGCCGCGCUCACGGCUUCUACCCGCGGCCCAUCAGCCUCAGCUGGCUGAAGGACGGCGAGAUCCGGGACCAGGACACCCUGUGGGGCAGCAUCGCACCCAACAGUGAUGGCACCUACUACACGUGGGCCUCCAUCGAGGCCAACCCCAGGGACAAGGACAGGUUCCGGUGCCAGGUGGAACACGCCAGCCUCCUCCAACCCGGCCUCUACGCCUGGGAGCCGCAGUCUGACCACUCCACCACCGUGGUGGUGGUGGCUGUUGCCGUGGUCAUGAUCAUGAUCGCCAUCGUCACCGGGCUGAUCUUCUGGAAGUACAAACUGGAGAAGAACAAGGGGAAGGAUGGCUACUACAUAGCCUCAGGCACGGACAUGGGUUCUGCCAGCUCACCACCAGGUAUGAGGUGGGACCAGUGGGCAUCGAUGGGGUGGCCCCAGCUCCUCCAUGGAGCCUCCAUGGGCUGCAGGAGGACAGCGAGACUCCCCGAGAGCAGCGGGCUGGGGACAGGGAUAUAG